GAUGUCGGCUACGAAAGUACUCCGUUCAGAUUAUAUCUUGUUGUUCCCUCAUUUUUUUACAUCUUGCUUCGAACGACCACGACCUCAGGCCUCAACGUUCAACGCCCACGACGUUGCUCUUUCUGUGAUUGUAUUGGAUUUUCGAUCUCACGCGGCCACACCUUCUCACUCUUCGAUCCCCGUCCCCGACCCUUUAAGCUUAAGCUUCCUAUCCACUGCUAAGGAAUCACUCCCUCCAAGGAAGAUGGCCCCACGCGACGACGAUUGGUCGGACUCGGAUGAAGAGGAGCUGUCCGAAGUUGAGACCAACGUGCUACUUGGUGUCCCAGACGGCAACGUCGAUAUCGACAUCGAUGUUCUCGACGCUGCCGUUUCUCGUAUUGGUGGACUCCCGGCGCUCCUACCUUCUCGUGAACUCCUCAUAUCAUCCUCCCACUGCAAGUCGUGUUCGCAGCCUAUGGAGCUACUUGUUCAGAUGUGGUGCCCAUUCGAGGACAGCCCGAUGGAUAGGGCGCUGUACAUCUGGGGUUGCGCGCGUUCAGGUUGUCAGGGCAAAGAAGGCAGUGUACGCGCGUGGCGAGGACUGCGAUAUAACGAGAAGUAUGCCCUUAAGCUGGAGGCCAAACGCCAACGGAAGCUGGAGCGUGAGCGGGCGAAAAUAACGGCCGACGAAGAAAGGAUCCGGCUGCAGAAGACCUUGGCUAGCCCGAAAAGCAACCCCUUUGCGAUGGCCGGCGGGGGGAGUUUGGGAGGAAAUAAAGGGAAUAUGUUUAAUUUGGGCGCUCAAAUCUUCGGCGGCACUCCUUUGUUAAAUGCUCAAUCCACACCCGAAGCGACCCCCGAAGAUCAGGCAAAAACUGUCAAAGAUGAAGAACUCUUAGACGAUGAAGACGACGACUCUAAUUCAGAUGCCGAUUCAGAGGAGUCGCUCCUCACUGCGAUGGCAGCGACAACGAUAGGCGAAUCUCCAUGGAGAUCAGCCCCCUCGUACCCGGCGAUCUAUUUGUCCACAAUGACGGAAUACCUACCUGCUCAACCGAAACCGCGAAUCCCGAAGGGUGUCGCAGUGGAAGAACUCGGAGACGACAAGAAGGAGAAGGACGUUAGUUGGUCGAAGGAGAUGUACGAGAAUUCUCUCGACGUCGAUCAGGUAUUUGAGAGAUUCACAAAGAGAGUCGGAGUUGAGGCUGAGCAGUGCGUGAGGUAUGAGCUGAAGGGUACACCACUGCCUUUCGCCUCCGAUAAGACCUUCGAUCUCCUUUGGCCUGCUCCAAAAGAAGAUCCUCUUCCAGUGACGAAGCCCGAUUUCAAAGUCGUACACUCUCAAGCAAGACAAUAUAAAGCGACAGCCGUUCCAUUUUGUCCUUCUUGCAACUCCAAACGGGUGUUCGAAUGCCAACUUAUGCCCAACCUGAUCAACGUUCUGCGGCUGACAUGGGAAGCGGAGGAUAAGACCAAGAAGCUCACAGAUGAGGGGCGGCGGAAGGUCGUUGAACGGGCGUUGAAGGGAUUGGACAAAGACCUGAAAAGGGGGAUGGAGUGGGGGACUUGUAUGAUUUUUUCUUGUGAAAAGAACUGCUGUCUCGAAGAGGGGAAAGAGGUGAAGGAAGCAUGGAAGGAGGAGGUUGUAUAUAUUCAAUGGGAUGUUUG